GGUGGCCAAAAAGGUGAUGAUUUCUGACUUUCCAUCCUCGUAAAUGGAAUCCGCUUGGUAUGUACAUAAGGCCACCUGGGAAUGGAUCCCGUCUCGCUCGCUCUCGGUAUAGCGCCGCUUUGUCUUGGGGCAUUGAAGGGAGCAAAAUAUGCGAAGUCCAAAAUCAAGCUCUUGAAACACCAUGGUCGAGAAAUCUCUCGUUUUCGCAAAAGGCUCCGGACCCAGAUGUCCAUCUUCCGAGAUGAGUCCCAUUUGCUCGUCCAAGACGCCGGAAUCGACCCCGAUCUCGCCGCAGAGAUGGUCGAGGAUCAAAACCACGAACACUGGACCAGCCCAGAUCUCGAGUUUCAAAUCCAAAACUUCCUCGCCAAGAGAUAUCUCGGCCUCAAGGGCGUAGCGGAGCAGAUCUAUUCCCAGGUUGAGGCACUCAGCCGAGACUUGGAUGUCAUAGAGGACUCGGACCAUCCUUCAAGCAAAGGCAAACUCGCGGCCAAAGCCCACCGUGCUGGGCAGGCCGUCCGGUUGGUUUCGAAGUACUCUGACCUCGAGGCGAGUCUCGAAUCUCUCACCGAUUCCGUCGAGGAGUUUCGAAGACUCAGGAAAACGGCGAGGGAGCUGCAGAAGCCAAGGCAGGCACUUUCUAUGCGACGAAAGGCUAUGCCCCGGACGUACAACUUGGUAGCGAGACAUUCGGCUUCGUUUCUGGAAUCUCUUUCGAAAACCUGGUCUUGCCGCAACUCCAAUGGGGUUCACUCCGCUCACACCGCCAAGUUAUUCCUCGAGACAGAUGUCUUCGACAGCUGCGUCAACUUCACAAUGAUACUGGAAUACGUAGCCAUAGCAGGCAACCUUAAACAGCAGAGCCUAUUAUUCUUACGUAUUCGUUCCGAGGAACUUUCCUGGGUCGACAUCGGCCUCCCGGCCCCGAUUGCUUCUCCACAGCCCCUCGAGCCGCCAGCAAAGGCUCGUCGCCUUACAAUCGCAGAUUCUCCCCAGUCUUGUCCGAGGACCUGCACUUCUCCGCUGGCGAGGCGGCACACGAGCAACGAGAAGCUGGCGCACAAUCUAUGUCAAGCUAAAGAUGUCUGCCACCACGUGUUCGAAUGCGGCAAAGCUCUCCAUCAGUCAAAGGAGGAGGGCUGCAUUGGUUACCUUGUAUCCACCGACAAUCUCACCCACCAACUCAUGGCAAGCCAUGACAGGGAGAGCACCGCGAUCCAAACCCGUCCCUCGCCGCCGGCAAGUCUUGCUUCUGUAAUACAGCACCCCAAUCAACAAGAAAUACCGGUCAACGAGCAGGUCCGACUGGCCCUCCGUCUUUCUCGCUCAGUACUCCAGUAUCACUCAACGUCUUGGUGGCGCCAAAACUGGGACCUCUCCGAUCUUUCAUACUUUGACAUCGAUGAUGAACUUUCAAUCUCCCUCUCAACUCUCCACAUUAACGCGAAACUUUCAUCUCCGGAGGCUGCCAUGUCAAUGCAGAGCGUCACAACCCACAUACCCGCGCCGCCAUCACACCAUGACGCCCAGCUCUUGCACGGUAUCCGGAACGUGACGCUUCAUAGCCUCGGUGUCGCCCUACUCCAGAUCGGGAGGUGGGAGGUGAUGGAUGCCGAUGAUUUGGUUUCGGUCCGCAAGGCAGCGGCGAAACCUUCCCGGUUGGGGCCUCGAUAUGACGAGCUCACGGCUAAGUGUUUGUACUGUGACUUCGGCUUCGGGGCCGACUUAAACAAGCCGCAGCUUCAGGGGGCUAUCUAUGAGAGUGUGGUGCAUGAACUGGAAGAGAUGGUGGCUUUGCUCGAAGGAGGCCGAAAGUGA